CUCAUCCAGUUCGUUCGCUCCCUCUCGCUCUCCGUAGCGCUCCUCAGCGCCCUCACUUCGGCCGUCCACCCCGUCGAAGUGCGCGGCCAGGACUUUGUCGAUACCGUUUCUAACAAGCGAUUGAUGAUCGUGGGUGUCGACUACCAGCCAGGAGGUCAAGGUGGUUACAAGCCCACCGAGAAGAAGGAUGCCCUCACCGACGCGACCAUCUGUCGUCGUGAUGCCGCCAUCAUGCAACAACUCGGUGUCAACACCAUCCGCGUCUACAAUGUUGAUCCCACCCUGAACCACGACGAUUGUGCUAGCAUCUUCAACGCCGUCGGUAUCUACAUGAUCAUUGACGUCAACUCUCCCUUUGGCGGCGAGAGCAUCAACCGUGGCGACCCUGGAAGCUCCUACCACAAGGGCUAUCUUGCCCGCAUCUUCGGUGUGGUCGAGAACUUCAAGGCCUACCCCAACACCCUCGCCUUCUUCGCCGGCAAUGAGGUCAUGAACGACGUCCCCAGCUCCAAGGAGAACCCGCCCUACAUCAGGGCCGUCCAGCGCGACCUGAAGCAGUACAUCAAGAACCACGCCGACCGCACCAUCCCCGUCGGCUACAGUGCCGCCGACGUCAGGGAGAUCCUCGAGGACACCUGGGCCUACUACCAGUGCGACAACGGCGACAACAACGAAUCGCGCUCCGACUUCUUCGGCCUGAAUUCGUACUCGUGGUGCGGCGGCAGCGCCACCUUCGAGACCGCCGGCUACAACACCAUCGUCGACAUGUUCAAUAGUAGUGCUAUUCCUGUCUUCUUCUCCGAGUACGGCUGCAACAAGGUCCUCCCCCGUGUCUUCGACGAGGUCGUCGCCCUCUACGGCGAGAAGAUGACCUCCCUCAGCGGUGGUCUCGUCUACGAGUACAGCCAGGAGGAGUCGGACUACGGCCUCGUCGAGAUCGAUGGCGACAACGUCAAGUACAAGACCGACUACGACAACCUGAAGAAGCAGUACGCCAAGCUCGACCUCCAGCUCCUCCAGUCCACCGAUGCCUCCUCCACCAAGAUCACCGCCCCCAAGUGCUCCGCCAACCUCAUCUCCAACUCCGGUUUCUCCAAGGACUUCAAGAUCCCCAAGCAGCCCGAGGGCGCCGCCGACCUCAUCAAGAACGGCGUCAGCCAGGACUACGUACGCGGCAAGAUCAACGAGGUCAAGGAGACCAAGGUCACCCAGGAGGUCACUGGCAGCGACGGCAAGAAGAUUGAGGGUCUCGAGCUCCACCUCCUUGCCAACAACGAGUCCAACACCCCUGGCUCGUCCAACAACACC